UUUUAGUAGCGUAGGAGGGAAGUUGGAGAAUGUGUAUCGCCAAUUUUCUACCUGAUGAAUCAACCUAUCCUUUUCACCUAUAGAGAUAACUUUUAUAACAAGCCUUUUAUGUAGUACCUGGUCAUAUGCUUUCUGAAAAUCCAGAUACACCAAACCUACAACAAUACCCUUAUCUACGUAAGCAGUGGCCUCUUCAAAGAAUUUCAGAAGAUUAAUAAGAUACUAAGAAACAUUUGGUGAAUGGGAAAAAACACUUAAAGUAAGUACAGCUGAUACAGCAAUUUAUGGAAUGGAGAACACUCAAAAUGAUACCAGACAAUCACUAGAAGAUGAGGAUUUGGGAAUUACAUCAUCUCGACAGUGUCCAAUAUUUUUCUCAUGUCCUCGUUGUCUCCAAAUGUUCACCUCAAAAGGUCUUCACCUACAUCAGCAGAGCUGUACUAAAACUUUAACCUGUUGUAUUUGCAAAGACACAUUCAAGAAUAAGUUAGAUUUAAACAGACACACUGCUUCCAAACAUAAUAUAGAAGAUUUAGAAUUAUUUAUUGCAACGGCAGAUGCAAAGCAUUCUCAGUAUAAAUAUAAUGAAGCUUUAGUAAAUGAGGUUACUGUCAAUUUGAAAGAAGAAUACAUAGAAAAUUUGGAAUUGUUAGGGUCAGUUACAACAUUGAUGCCUGAAAAAAUCUUCACAGCUGAAAAGUUGGGGUUUGUUAAGCAGUCGUACAAUGAAAAUAGUACAAUGUCAAUGAUUAACACCAAAAAAGAAGUUCUUAGAUGUAGCUACUGUCCAGAAACAUUUACAGAAGAAUAUGAACUUUGUGAACAUGUUGCUUCUCAUGAUACUGAGCGUAAGGAAGAAGAUGUCAUUGAGUUUUUAGCUGGUAAUUUAAGAUGUCGUGAGCAAGGGCGGAUACUUUCCAACUCAGACAGUAUACAAAGAACAAAAAACAUUUCUUUGAAUAGUAAUCUUUCUGCAGAGUAUCUUAACUCAGAAAAACAGAGAGAUGUGAAACCAAAAGGAAAAACUUUAGUAAUUAAUGAUAAUAGUAAUGACACCUGCAUUCAUAAAGCUGUUGUAAUUUUGUCGCAAAAUGUGAAAGUUCUUGAUCCAGCAUCACAUGAAGCUGUCACUGAACUGUACUCGCCACAAGUAUUUUUGCAUGUGUCUUCAACAACCAACACUCGAUUCUAUGUGCUUUGUGAAAACUGCAAUCUUACUUUUAUCAGUAGCCAAGAGUUUCUCAUCAACCAUUCUGUUUCCACAAAAUGUGGCUUGUGUAGGAAAGUUGUUGAUUGUACCAAAUAUACAACCCACAAAGAGGAACAUGUUAGGAAACUGUACACAGGCUAUUAUUGUUGUCAAAUAUGUAGCAAUAUACUUGUAAAUGAAACCUCAUUCCUCAUUCAUUAUCGUACGCACCUCAAAGACAAUGAGUUCCUAUGUUUUGAUUGUGGACAGACAUUUAUUGAAGCUGGGGACUUAAAACAUCAUAAACUAGCCAUACAUGGUGUUCAUGAACUACAACCAUAUCACUGUUAUAUCUGUUUAAAGAGGUUUUCUAGUGGGGAUGCUAUUGUCAAUCACAUGCGUUUACACACUGAAGACUUACCCUUUCAAUGCCCACAAUGUCAUCGUGCCUUCAGUCAAAUAGGAAAUCUGCAACGUCAUUUAAAUGCUCAUAGAGGACAGCGACCCCAUAAGUGUAAAUUUUGUGGAAAAGGUUUUACUGACCCAGCAACUUUAAGAAAUCACAUUCGUACCCACACUGGUGAAGCCCCUUACCUCUGUAACUUCUGCCAGAAAAGAUUUGCACAGAUUGGGAACCUGAAACGUCAUCUUUCGAAACAUAUUUCUAAUAGACCAUUCAUCUGCUCUGAGUGUGGCCAAGGUUUUGCACAUGAAUCAACAUUGCGUAACCACUCCCGUACCCAUACAGGAGAGCAACCUUUCAAGUGUCCUGUCUGUACAAGAGCCUUCUCUCAGAUAGGCAAUUUAAAACGACACAUGGCAAAACAUGCUCCAGAUCAAAUGUAUCAUUGUGGAAAAUGUGGUCAGGAUUUUGUGAAUUCUAAAAAGUUGUUUAGUCACCAUUGUGCUAUCCUUCAAGAAGCUGCUUCUAAUGGUAUUGAUGAUGUUAUUUUUGGAGAAACAGACUUUGAAAUGAUCAUACCUUGGCCAAAAGAUACUUCACAGACCUUGAAAACUUUUUCUAAUGCUUCAGACAUUGUAAAAACCCCAGACCACUCAUACAGUUCAACUGAUGAACUGAAACCUGGACCUCCAAUGUUUUCUAAAGAGGAUACAAAUAACAUUGAUGGAGAUCCUUCUAAUCAGAUAAGCAGAACUUGGAAGAUCUUUCCUUGCCCAAUUUGUGGCAAAAUUUAUACUUGGCCUCAUGAUCUGAAGAUCCAUUACCGAAUUCACUCUGGAGAGAAACCGUACAAGUGUGGUAUUUGUAGUAAACAGUUUGCUCAGAGUGGAGCUGUACGGACACAUAAGUUACGGUAUCAUUCAUGUGAAGGUGAAGACAUGGAAACGCUUGAAGUUGGAGAAGCUCAGCAGGUUAUUGAGGCUCCUGCUGUUUUGGUGGAAUCAAGUGUUGAAGUUCCAAGUGUACAAGAGACGGUGGAAAUUGGUCCUGAACAACUUAGCUAAGAACAACCUAUUGCAGUGCCAAUCUCAACAUGGAAAUAUGCACAGGACUGUAUUAGUAACCCGUGUUAUUCAGAAAUAUGGAAGAAUAUUGUGAACAAGAGGUAUACUGUGUUUGUGGAUGAAAAUUAGCUUGAGCUAGAAUACUGGAUAUGGUAUUUUUUGUGUGUUCCACUUUCCAUAAGCAUAUUUGUGUAUACUUCUAGCACUGUAGAAACUGACAUGGUGAAUUUAUUUGAAAUGGCAAAAGAGAACCUUCGUUUUGUUACACUCUCAGUCAUAAUUAUGUAACAGUUAACAGCAGCUAAUAAAAAAACAAACUUUUAUCAUAAAUACAAAUUUAUUUACAACUGAAAAACAUAAUAGCCACUACUGUGAAAUGUUCCCUUUAAAAAAAUUUUAAUACAGAUGAGGGAAAUUUUAAGCCACUUGCUACAUUUAAGAGUAAGUAAAAAUUAUCAUGCGUAGAAAGAAAGUUAAGUAUGAAAAUUGUUGAUACUUUAUGAUUAAUAAGUAGUACUAAUGUGAAACCUAAGUAAGGUUUGGGGUAGACAAGGUAUAAGACGAUAGAGUUAGAAUUUUAUUUGGCUUUAAUCUAUAGAAGUCCUUUAAAAAAGGAUUGUUCAUACAUCUGGUAGUUCCAGUAAAACAAAGUACAGCAGGUUUAUUUAAUCAUUUUGAAAUGUCUUUGUUAUCACUGUUUCUGGACACAUUUAAGUAUGCAAUUUGUAUUAAACACCUAAAAUCACUUCUACAUUAUAGUAAGUUAGCUACUGGUUCACAAUAAUAUGCAUAAAAAAGUUUUUUUCUGUAUCAGUUGUCUAGUCCAGCCAUUUGUUCUCAGGUUACAAGUGUGGCUUUUUUUCUUUUUUGAUAUUUGUAAAAAAAAAAUUGUUACCUUAUAUGUGUUGCUUUUGUUAGUUUUCAGUUUUAAGUAAUUUCUUGUCUCAGAUCCUGCUUUUGUUUUCAUAUAUCACAGCAUUUCCAGGUUGUAUAUAUAGUAGAGAUGGCUGAUAUGUGUUUUAAAUAAAAGUUUUUAAUACCCAUAUUAGUCAUCUCUACCAUUAUUUUUUUUUUUUUUUCCUUGCUCUCUCACUGAUGUUGGUGAACUAUCAGCUACUUUGUCAACUUUAUUUACACACACGCAAGGAUACAAAUUCUUCUGUUGAAAUUUUAAAUGUGCAGCUGUUAGUCUAAUUUCAUGCUGUGACUUAUAAUUCACUUGUAAUAUGGAAAUACAUUUCUUGAUUAUUUUGGUUAUUAACAUCUGCCUUUGAUAUGUGGUAACCACAUGAUUUUUUAUUCUUGUUUUUUUUACUUUCUUUGUCUUUAUACCUGUCUUUUAGAUAAGAUAUAUACAUAUAUCUUAUCUUCUUAGUGUUCUGUACAUGUGAACCUUAACAUGACAAUGUUUACAAAAAUAAAACAAAAAAUUAUGGUACAACAACAUCAUAGUAAUUAAUUUUGGCUUUAGCUAAAAAAAUAAACAUGACAGACUACUACAUCCGUACUUUUCAAUUUUCUUGUGAAUUUAAGUCUCUCUUACCCUCGUUCUCUUUCUUUUUUUCUGUGACGUCUCAUUUUUCAACUAUCUUUGUUAUUCUUUUACUUGAAUUAUGACCAUUCAUGACAUUGUUGGUAAUUUCAGUUACUGAUCAUUUGAGUUUUUCCACAUUAGUCCCUAUUUUAUCCUCUGUUUAUUAGUAUCUUUUUCUAUUUACAUUUUGCUAAACUGCAUUAUUAUUUCAAAUUCUUUUGACUUUUGGUAGCAAAGUAUUAUUUGUAAUUAUUAGCCGUCUUACUAUUGUCAACUCUUUGUUUUAUGAAGUUUGUUGUGAAGUGGUCUUCUUUGAGGUUAGCAUUUCUUUCCUUUUUUAAUCCAUUGUUUAGUUCAUUGGAGCUUUUGUUUGUUUUUCCAUAACUAAAUUUAUAUAAAUGAGAUUUUAUUUUCCAAGCACAAAAGCUGUAUGAUUUUUGCAGUUUUCACUUUUUUGCUUUUUAAAAGCUUACAUAGCUACAGUUAUAUAAAUAUAAAACACUGAAGUAUGUAAGUCAAACUAUAAUUUUGUUGCUCAGUGAAAGUUUGUGCCUUACAUACUCAGAUAAUUAUUUAUCAUGGGACUGGUUUCAUCUGAUGACAGGAACAGUUUCCCUGUAAUGUCAUUUUUAUGCACGUUAAAAAUGAUUUUAGGUUAAUUCAUGUACAUUAUAAUUGAGAUGUAACACAUUUAAGAAUCUCUAAAGAAAUUAAAUUUAAUUAGACUAUGAAUGCAUUUCACUUAAUUGUAAAGAAUUUUUUUCCAAGAAAAUCCAACAUCUCUUCUUACCCCAUUGGAGGUUUUGUAGUACAAAACAGUUCUUAACUAUUUUUUUCCUUGAUGUUCUUCAGUUACAAACUUGUGUAUUUUGAUAUCCUGUGGAAUUUCAAAUGUCUAUUUUUCAUGAUUUCAACCUAUUUUCUAUUACUUUUUUUUAGUGUUAUUGUUCAGAAACAAUUGUUUGUUGAAAGCUGUUGGUGUGUGUGUGUGUGUUACCAAUUAACUAGUUAAAAAGGAGUGAACUUGAGUAACCCAGCAAUUUACAGUUCCAAUACCCGGAGUUUUUGAGUUAUUCUCAUGCUUGAAGUUAUCAGUUGUUGGUCAUAGCUUCUUCAGCUCCAUCUACUGGAGGAAAUGAGUGGAAGCUUUAUGAUCAACCCUCUAUCAUUGGGAAAUAUCUAAGUUGAAUAAUAAAAACAAUGAAUACUAAGUUAUUUUGCAGAUCCACGCUAAUUGAUAACAAAUGAAAAGAAUAAAUUGUAUUGAAAGUUGACUAUUACAGUGUUUCAUCCUUGUAGUCAGCAGUAUAGUUUUUAUCCUUUGUGGUUUGUUUUACUUCUUUUUUUUUGUAAAAAAAAUUAUUUUACUUCUAGAGUUCACAUAAAGCUGAGGUAAUACAUUUGGUUGUGAAAUGAAAUUUUUUUAGGUUACUCCCCAGUGUUUUGAUAGAUUUCCAUGUGAGAUGAUCAGGAAUAAACCUACCAAGUUAUGCAGUUAUCAUGAAGUUAAAUACAUUGUAUACAUUAGGACAUGCAGUAGAAAGUGUUUCAUUAACUCUUGGAGGAUUUAAGUAAAACAUGGGGACAUUCUUGUAAAGAAAUGUGUUACCAUUAUAUGAUAAUUUUUUCAAGUUAUGUGUAGUUUCAAGAAGAUUAACUAUUGUGGGAGAGAAAAAAUCCAGUGAAACAUAAUUAAUUAGGUCUAAAAUUGAAUGAAUUGUAGAGAGGAAUAUUCUUAAUAUAUAUAUAUAUAUAUAUGAUUUCAAAUUUAAAAUGUUGCUUGCCAUUUGAUGAUUUCAUUCCAAUAUUAAAUAACACCAGUAGGGUUGAAUGAAACUCAUAUUCUUGUAUAUAAUACACUGAGGAAAUUAGUAACGUUUGUGUAUAUAAUUGUACUGUUUAUUUUCAAUGUCUGUUACAGUAGAUUUGAUUUAGUUUUGUUAAAUAUUUAUAUGAAUUGAUGAAUUAAGUUUCAAAGAGAAUAUUUAAAAUGAAAAGUUUGUUGUCAUGUACUGAAUAACUAGCAUAAUUACAAUGUAUUCAAUCUCUGAUUCUAUACAAAUUGUAUGAUUGGUUCACUCAAUUGUUUUAUAUAUAUAUAUAUAUACAGUGUAGAGAUAUGUACACUCUAGGUUAGGGAUAAAAAUUCAGGAAACUUCAGUUGUUAUUAUGAACUUUUAAGUAUAGUUAACUGGUAAUAAUUUUUAAAUGUUUCAUUUUUUUCUUUUCAAUCUUGACUAGCUAUAUUUUAAUAACUGGGAAAACAAAGGUAUCUGGAAAGCAGAUUCUUUGGUAUGAAGAUCUUUGAAAAAAUGCUUAAAAUGUGUAUGUGGCAUUAUAUAAUCUAUAAGUACACAUGUUGAAAUAUCACUUGUUGCAUAUAGAGCAAAAACAUUUUUCUUUUUUGUGAUUAAUAACCACUGUGUAGGAAUGGUUGUUUUUCAUUCCUUAUAGUUAAUAUCAAUGUCUAGACAUCCAAAAAAUGUCUUUGUAAAAUUACAAAAUUUAUAUUGUGUUUUCACUUGAAGUGCAAGUAUCGAGAAUUUUUUUUUUUCAAAAAUGAUUAAAGUUAGUCUUAAAAUGAUUAAAAUUAGCCUUUACACUAGCAGGAUAUAAUCUUCCUUUCCAGCUUGUAUAAAUAGAAUUUCAGAAAAAGAAAGAAUUAUUAAUUCGAUUUUUUUCAUUAAUUUAUUUUUAUAAUCUUUCACUUUGACCCUUCCCAACACAUUUUUUCUUUGUCAGUUGGAAGCUUUUUGAAAUUUGCAUUUCGUCUGAUUCAUCAAACUUUUAUAUUCUGUAUAAGUAGUACCAGUCUUCAUUUUUUACCACUUGGCAAAAGGUAUUAACUAAUGUAUUUGAUGUUGGUUCUAACUCUUAUUUUUUGGUUUUAAUUUUUAGUUAAAAAAAUAAAUUUCUAACAAAAUCUUAUCCCUAGAUAUCAAACUCGAUUUUCAUGGUUAUUAAUACAUUAGUUAUACUGAACGUCUAAAUUACAUUGUGCUAUUGAAAGUCUGUUCUAGCUGUAGGUUAGCUAUUAGCCAGUGGGAUAAAAUGGAAGUUUUGGUACAAAAGAGAAGAAAACUUAUUUGCAGACCGUUCGCAACUAGAAAUAAUGCACUGUUAAAAAGUGAAGCCUUUUAGUUAAGUAUCGUUAUACCCAGAGCUCAUUUUAUUCCAGAUUUUUUUCGUUCUUUUUUUCUCUCUUCUUGUAUGUAGCUAAUAACAAGCUCGUAUACUUUGUUUUAUUGAGAAACAGGUGAAAGUUACUACAUAUUAAUUGUGAAUUGAUAUUAGUCGUUGCUAUGAAGGACUUGCUGGUGGAAGAUGUUAGAUGUAGGUUGUGUGGUGGUUUCUUGACCGCUUAACUACAAUACACCUAUUAUAAAACGAAUUGUCAGUGUUAAUUGAUUGAUUUCAGGAUAACGACGUUUAGCUUUUUAUUUCCGUAAAAGUGAAUGGUGUUAUUGUUAACGGAAGAAUUAAAUGAACGUUUAUGGUUUGUUUGUUACGUGACAUUUUUCACUAACUGUUCAUUGCACUCAUUUUAAACUUUGCACUCGUCAUGUUGAGCAUUUACAGGCCUAAGUAUUUGUACAAAAUUGCUUAUUUCACAUAUACUAUAAUAUAUAUUUAUAGCUUGAUUUUGUAAUAAAAACCGACAUAGGUUCAACGUUAAACGGGUAUGGUAUUUUUUACAAAACUAUACGUUAUUUUGUUCUUGUUAACGACUUAGUUACUAUCAUGUUUCAUUUAUAUAUACAUCUAUCAGUAAUUUAUUGAAAGUUCUCAGGUUGGUGUUUCAUAUAGCCCUACACAACGUAAAAUAAAUGUAAUGUUGUAGUGUCAUGUAAUAUAUACAUAUACUAUCAAAUAUAUACAGUUGAUUAAGAAGAUACCUAUGCAAUCGCAAAAUGACGUAUGUAUGUGAAAAACACUUUAUUAAAUACCUAAGGGAAAAAUUUAAACAUGAUCAAACAACUUCUUGUUACUGAAAUGUUAACCACUUGCUAUCUUAAACGAGAGACCACGCAUGCCAGCAAGCUGUUAGAACUAUCACUUAUAGUGUUAUUUACAUAUCUAACAUGCAGUCUAUAUGUACACUACGUAUCAGCAAAUUACUUACAAUAUUUACCUGAAAAUGUGGUGAUUUGACGUAAUGCCAAUGUGUCAUAAUGUAGUUUUGGAAAAUAAACUGAAUUCAAACCCGAA